UAAAAGAGGCAAGUUUGCUGAACCCGUUUGGCUGGGCAGGACGCGCACUAACUAACGUGCUGUAAAACCGUCGGAUCAACCUUGUCUUGAUACCAGAUUAACGCAUCAGAUAGAUAACCAGAAAGCCCAGAUGUCAGUGUAUUGGAAGAAAACAUUCUUACUGACGAGGAGUGAGUCACAGUUUAAAGCAGCUGAAUAAGCGUGCGCCGGUGCGGACUGGGAGAUUCGGCGUGGGGUGUUACACUCCUGUUCUCUCGGGUACUUAAAGCCCCUGCUGCUGUAGCGGUUUUUAUGGGGAAGAGGAGCGUGGAGCUCGCGACGCCGAACGGACCAACAGCUGCUGCUGCUGCGCGAGCCUCUGGUGCAUCAGAGAGCGCGUGGGAUGCCCGAGCACGCGGCUGGUGCGCAUCUUCAUAAAGAGCUUCGAUACUUCAAAACUGCAUCUGUUCAGAGCUAAAGUCUGAGACAGAACAAGAGUUUGAAGAGAGUUUCUCCUAAACCAAGAAGCUGCCUCAUAUCCAGAGCUAACCAGAGAAAAGUUUUUAUUUGUUUUUAAGAACUUCAAAGGGAACAGAGAAGAUGCGUGGAGAGGUCGCGAGGAGAUUUCAGAUGCUGCUCGCGCUUUGCUCCAUUCUCCUCUACAGUUUGGGAGCGGGAUUUCCAACAAAACGCAAGAGCUUCACACAUGAAAUUCAUGGCAAUCCAGUUCACGUUGCUGGGAUCCAGCAUGUUUCUGAGGAGCAGCAGAACCAGGUCCAGACCAUACUUCCUGAGCCUCACAGCCACCAGAGGAGGUGGUCUCACCCCCAACAUCGCUCUGUAGGUGUUCUCCCACAGCCCGAGCCCGAGGAAGAGACCAAGCCUUUUAUCUUGGACCUAAACAACUUUCCAGACCUGACCAACGCUGACAUUAACUCACAGAACCCCAACAUACAGGUUACUAUAGAAGUCGUCGACGACCCUCAGAUGGAGGUAGAGAUGGACCUGGCCAAUGAAAAAGAUUGGCUACCUUCUUCUUCGUCUCCUUCCUCCACAGUGGAUUUGAUCGGAGGCAAGAAGCUCUUCUGGCCUCUGUUUUGGAGCUACACCGAUUCCAGUGAGGAAAUCAACAGUCGGUCAAGCACAGACGAAACUGGGGAAGAGGAAGGGGAGGAUGAUUACUCUGUGGAUUAUGGGAGCGAAGAGCUCUUACUCAGUGGAGUUGGGGGAGACUGGGAUACUCGCUGGAAUGGUUUCGAUCCCAUGGAAAGCUACUAUGAGAAAGACACUGAUGAAUGGACUCCUUGGUCACCGUGCUCGGUGACAUGUGGACACGGUGAAAGGAAGAGGACUAAAUCCUGUGGCUACUCCUGCAUGCUGACAGAAGCUUCAAAGUGUGACCUGGAGCCUUGUCCUGGGGAUGUCAACACUGUAGUAGAACCAUUCCCCUUUGAGAUGGAGAAUGGAACUGAACCAUUCGGAACAGAUGUGGACAGCUGUGAGAAAUGGCUGAACUGCAAGAGUGACUUUCUCCAAAGGUAUCUGGAGCAGGUUUUGUCUGAGCUGCCCAGCUGCCCCUGCUCGUACCCGUCUGAAGUGGCUUACACUGUGGUAAGCCUGCAUGAUGAGACUCACGGCCGAACUUUCCGAUGGCGCGACGCCAGUGGCCCAAAGGAGCGCUUGGACAUCUACAAGCCCUCGGCACGCAGCUGUAUCCGCUCAGCGCUUUCCAGCGACUCAUCUACUCUGGCAGCACAGCACUGUUGCUACAACGAUCGUGGUCGGCUGAUCACACGCGGGAAGGGAGCGGGCACACCGAACCUCAUCAGCACAGAGUUCUCACAGGAGCUGCAUUUCAAGGUAGAUGUUCUGCCUUGGAUCCUGUGUAAGGGGGACUGGAGUCGCUUCCAUGUGGUGCGGCCACCAAAUAACGGACUGAGUUGCCCAGAAAACCCCCAUGAAGACGUGUUUAUGAAUGAACUUGAAGAGGCCAGAGAGUACUGAGGUCCUAGAGCCAAAACAACUACACUUCAGUUCAAGAGUCAGAAGACCCAGUCCAAAUUUCUGCAACACCCUCUGCUAAAAGUUUGGAAAUAUUACUUUUAAGCCACUCAUGAGCUAUUAAUCAUUUAUGGAAAACUCAAACAAUUUCAUUCUUGACUGGGAGUUUUGAUGAGGUUUGCACCUAUUUCAAAUUAGGAAUAGCAUCAUUGUUCUGAAUACAGGCCGGACUUACUAAUUUAAACGAAUAGAUGAGGGAAAAAAAGGAAAGAUGUCUCACACAUCUGGUGUUACAUCCAUUUCUCCCUUUCUAAAGUCCAUUCAACUGAUGGCUUGCAUUAUGCUACCCCUGGACGAUAAUAUAUACCCUAAAUCCUUCAUCAUGCUUCUUAAAGGUUUUAUAGAAACAACAGUGAUGACAAUUAAGUGUGGUUCUUUUUGAGACACAGCAGAGUUUAGCUGAUCGACCUCCUAACAAUGCUGCUACAGAGUGAAACCCCUCAGGCUUUAUGGAUUUAACACAUGACUUGCAGUUUCGUAAAGACAACCCGUGCAUUCUCUUAGUGUUUUCUCCAACACUACUGCAAACUAUUAAGAAAAAUGCAUCUGAAGAUGGAAGGACCUGAAAGGCUAAACGAUCUAAAACACUUGAGUGUCCCUGUUACAAUUUACAGAGUUUAUUACGAGAGCAGCCUUUAGGUAAAAAAGAUCCAGAAAAUAUGUGCUCCGAUUUUAUCGGUGUCCUCACAAUUUCUUUCACAUCCAGCAAAAAUAAAUGAUCUGGGUGCCAAAGAGAUGCAAUAGAUGCCAGUAUAAACCAAGCCUCCACAUCUCUACAGGGCAGUUGUUGGUAAAGUGAUUAGGUUUAACAUGAAAGUAUGUCCCUAAAAUAUUCUCAGGGGGAAUAACUGACCUUGCCAAACUUGUUCACAAACCUCAUCAGCAGGACACUUCUGGAUCUUGUAUAAGGCAUUUUUGUGGUAAAGAUUAGCUGGUGUGUAUUCCAUGUAUAAUCCACACAGGAAGUGAGCAGAUUAGUUUUAUUUUUUAAAAGCAGGUGGAUCCUUUGAAAAGUUGGAUGGUUAGGACGCAUUACCUUCAAGCUGCUUGACUGAACUGGGUUGGAUAGAAAAGAUUUAACUUCCGAAAUGAAGUCAUGUUGUUAGCUGGUAAAGGUUACUGAAAUAAAAACAAGUUGGUUUUACCAAAUAUUUCCGGCUUUAGCCUUAAUGUAUGGUGCAUGAUAUUAGAAAAGCAUAGUUUUAACCUCUGGCCUUUGAAGAACUGCCUGAUUAACCUAAACAUGACUCUCUGACUUUCUUUUCUAUCCAAUCUUAUUCCCUGGAUUUGUUUUUUUCUCCAAACCUCUUUUCAGGAUAUUCUGCCUCCAUCAUGCAAACAGGCAUUUUCUACUUUGAAAUGACCAAUUUUGAAGUAAGGCACUUUAUUUUUUUCGCCAUUCAUUACCAGGUUUGUUAUUCUAAGGUAAGGUAAGCUGAGCAGAAAUGCUGCAUUAUUUCAUGAAGCUGCAUAACAUAUAUGAAGUGUUGAUAAAAAGCAUGACCUCUUUGUGACUUCUGAGUCUAGUAUUACAUAUUAUGGUGUUGUACAGUAUUUAUUUCUCUGGUCUGAUUUGUUUUUAAGUUUGCUGGAGCUUUGAAAUGUCUCUCCUCUCAACAUGGUGCACUACUUAAAUUAAACAAAUGAAGGCACCCGAUUACAAAGGGAACCAUUUAGCCUCAUAUCACUUUAAACAGCAAAAACGUGUGUCUGUGUUUUAUUUUGUGUUGGACUGCUCUAUGAAUAUGUUGUUGCAAUCAUACUGAAGAAAUAUAUAAAUAUAUAUAUGUAUAAAUAUAUAUAUAAAGAGUUUGCAUUAAUCAUC